AUGUGGCUACCUCAGGUCCAAAUCCGGCUCUCAAGAACGCUCCGUCGACGGCUUCAAAGCAGUUUCAUCAGCGGCUUCCAAGGCAGUCUCAAAGCCAGCUAUGAAACCCGUUCCAAAGUCGACUCCGAAGGCGGUUCCAUCGGUAGCUCUCAAGCCAGUUCCAUCGGCGGCUUCAAAGGCGGUUCCUUCAGCGGCUCCAAAGCCAGUCUCCAAGCCAGCUAUGAAACCCGUUCCAAAGUCGACUCCAAAGGUGGUUCCAUCGGCGGCUCUCAAGCCAGUUCCAUCGGCGGCUUCAAAGGCAGUUCCUUCAGCGGCUCCAAAGCCAGUUACAAAGCCGGCUAUGAAACCCGUUCCAAAGUCGGCUCCGAAGGCGGUUCCAUCGGUGGCUUCAAAGCCUGUUCAAAAGCCAGCUUUGAAGCCAGUUCCCAAGGCGGUUUCAAAGCCAGCUCUGAAGUCGGCUCCGAAGGCAGUUCAAAAGCCAGCGACGGUCCCGAAGCCAGCUCCCUCGACGGCACCAAAGCCAGCUCCGACGCCAGCUCCAAAGGUGGUCCCAAAGCCAAUCGUGAAGCCGACUCCAAAGAUGGUCCCAAAGCCCGCGCCAAAGCCAGCUCCCAAGGUGGCCCCAAAACCAGUGACGAAGCCGGCUCCAAAGGUGGCGCCAAAGCCAGCUCCCAAGGUGGCCUCGAAACCAGUGACGAAGCCGGCUCCAAAGGUGGCGCCAAAGCCAGCUCCCAAGGUGGUUGCGAAGCCAGUCACGAAGCCGGCUCCGAAGGUGGCCCCGAAGCCAGCGCCGAAACCAGUUCCAACAAAAGCUCCAAAACCAGCUCCCAAGAAAGUUUCAAAGCCAGUCCCCAAGAAACCUUGAUUGACGGCUCUCAAUGUCUCUCACCGGAUUCAAAUCACGUCACCGAUACCAAUUUUACUCGCUUAUAUCAUCAUCAAUCAUCAAUUGUAUGA